AUGGCAAAUACAGAAGAUUUCAGCUUUCCAAAACUUACAAAUACCAACAAAGACAAUAUCAACAACUACUACUCUUUAUCUCUGUGGCGAAUUUCUUCUCUAGUCUAUCCAGAUCAAGAAGAAGAAGAAGAAGAAGAAGACAAAGAAGAAGAUUAUGGAGUUGUGAGGAAACACAAGAGCUUUUCAGAAAUAGAAGUGGGAGAUUCAGAGACAAGAAUGGACUUGCUGUGGGAGGACUUCAAUGAAAAGGAGCUUCAAAGAGUUUCUUCCUUAGACAACAGAAUCAAAAGCCGACGUCUCCAAACAAUUAGCAGCGGUGGUGACAAUCAUGUCACUAACGACGCCGUUAAUAAUUGCGGUUAUUUCAAUGAUAUUGGAGAUCGGGAUUCUAAUCUUUUGCAGGGUUUGCAGUUGAAGGUGUCCAAGAAAAGGAGCUCUUUGGUGAGACAACCUAAGAGAACUAGCACCGUCGCGCUCCUAAGGGCUUUGAGGAAAAUGUUCUCUCUUCACAAAGUGGCCCGAUUACGACGUGAUAAGUAG